CACCCGGUAGUGCUUCCGCAUUUGAACCGCCGGUAUUUUAAUGUAACCUGUGCUCCUCCGGCAAUGGACGGGAAAACUGUGAAGGCAAUACUGUUCGACUUGGACAACACACUCAUUGAGACAAGUCGGGCAGGUGGAGUGGCGAUACAGAAGACCAGUGAACUUCUGAAGACCACACUGGGCAUCGAUGACAACACCAUAUGCAGUAUUUGUGACAAGUUCAAGCAGAAGCUUCUACAGGAGAGUUUUGACCCAGCAUCAGGCAGAUCCAUAGAUGAUGUUCGAGUGGGUCACUGGGAGGAGAGCAUCCAGGAGACCGUGGGCAGUAGUUCCCCGGUCUCUCUAGCAGCUCAGUGCUACUACAUGUGGAAAAACAGUCGCCUGGAGCUUCUCAGCCUGUCCCCUCCAGUAUGUGACCUCCUGAAACAACUGCGCAGCAGAUACAAGCUGCUAUUGCUGACCAACGGGGAAACUCAGACCCAGAGAGAGAAGGUGGAGGCUGUCAGUUGUGAGGAGUUGUUUGAUGCCAUCGUGAUUGGGGGAGAACAUGCAGAGCAGAAACCAUUCCUCUCCAUCUUCACAUUGUGUUUCAGCAUGCUGGGGGUAAAGGCCCAGGACUGCGUUAUGGUUGGAGACUCUCUGGACACAGAUAUUCAGGGGGGCUUUAAUGCCAGAGUACGAGCUACAGUUUGGAUCAGCAGUGCAGGAGGUGCGGUGCCAGAUGGUUCAGUGAAACCAGACUACACCGUCCCUACUGUGUUAGACCUGCCACAUGUUCUGGCACAACUGGAAUAAGGACAACUCGUAACUAGAGCUGAACAAUAUGCAAAAAUAUAAUAUAUAAUCAUAUUGAGAUUAUUUUUGGCAGGUAUUGUAAUUACGAUAUGAGUCACUAUUUCAGUUUGUCAUCACUUUUGCAUUUGAUUUUCACUGAAAGCAUUUUAAAAAGAUGAUGUGAUUUUAGUUGGGGCUUGUACCAACAAAACAUGUUUGAAAAAUAUGAUUUGAAGGCCAAGGCAUCUCUGUAGCACAACACACACACACACGCAUGCAAAAAAUGGACAAUGUUGAUUGCAGCUCCUGCAAUUUGGAUGUUGCACUUGGCCAUAUUUUGAUUAUGUUUCGAUUAAUUGUGCAUCUCUACUGGGGACUGAAACCGUGUGUGACAUCACUUCAAGUGGGAUUUUGUGGAAAUUUGGAUUCUUAUGGAUAUGUUUGAAUGUUUAAUUAUUUUAUGGUGUUUAAGUACAUUUACUCAUGUACUGCAUUCAGUUUUGUGAUAUAUGUACUUUACUUGAGCAUUUCCAUGACAUGUUGUUUGUACUCCACAAGACAACUAGUUACUCUUCGGAUCAAAGCUUAUAAAUUACAACUGUUUAAUACAUUGUAUACUGUAAUUAAAACUAGUUCCACCUCAGGUACCUAUAGCAGUAAAUGCUACAUAUGCAUCAACAAUAUAAUAAUGUAACAUGUAAAUAUAAGUUGCAGGGGUCAUUAUGUUUUGUCAUUAUUUUAUGAUAUUACUGAUAUUUUAAAGCAGAACUUUGUAGUAUGGAGUUGGUACUUUUACAAACAAUGGAUCUGAAUACUGUAUUUCCACAAUUGUUCACACAUGGUGUAGUGCCAUAAGAAUCAGCAACAGAACAGAGGAAAGUGGUACAGCACAUUAUUUUUAUUCAACACUCAGAAUGACUGUACAAAAGCCCUUUGGGUUAUUUUUUUACACACCUCAACAGAACAUGUCACUACAUUCAUUCCAUCAUAUGCUGCUAAUGUGGUCAUUUUCUCUCGGUCUUGGCUAAUAAAACACUUUGGACAAAGCAGUUACUUACA